CUUGAAUGUCUCUUUAAGGAAGCGAGAUGUCACUUGGUCGUGUAUUGUACAGCUUUGUAAUACUUCACAUGGCUGCUAAUUCGCCAUGUUCCAGCCAGAAGCUGGCACUCAGUACAACGGUUCACCAGCCACAUACGCGGCUCGGGGACGCUAGCGAUGACAUCACAUGGAGCUUGGCUUCUUCAAGCUUGGAAGGAACUUAAUUAUUUCACUUGUUUUGUGUUGUCUUCGUUUCUUUCAUACUCUUUCUUCAGCUGGGAUAAACUCCAGGGUUGAGUAGUCUCAACGUUGCUGAUUUGUUUUUUGUUCCAGUCGUUUGCUUGCGGUCUCUAGCUCUGAGGCUGGGAUACAAUACCACCCUACGAUCAACUUGAAGACAACAACAUCAAGAUGGCUUCGAACUUGAACAAGAAAGGGCCCGGAGGGCACUAUUCCGGAGCGAACCCCAUUCCCAACAUCCAAAGAUUUGUCGAAAGUCUGGAUGCCGACAAGAAAGAACGAGAUCAGAGAAUCAACGAGCAGAUGCAGAACAAGAAUAACAGUGAGGCAGUAGACCAUGUCAAUGGCCAAAAGGCUGGUGUGCCUGGGAGUAGGAAGCAAGUUACUGACCCUGUAACUGGGAAAGAGGUCACAAUUGAAGAUGUUAACAAGGACUUUAUGAAGAGUGUAGACAGCCCACAGUUGUCUGUACCGAAUGCGAACAUUGGCAAACAAACAACAGCUAAAACAGACCCUACACAAUCUGGAGAAGAGUACAGGAAUAAUCAGGACAUUACGGCACCUCCGGACCCAGUCGAACCUGGAAGCACAUCUGAUGUCCCAAUCCAUGGAGAAAAGACAAAUAUCCUCUUCCACCCCACGCCGUCGAUCAGCUAUGAACCGAUGUACGAGGCAUUCGAGAAGAAAACGACUAUAUUGGCUGGAGGUAUCCUAAUAGCUAUUGUGGUUCUUGGGAAGAUGUUUGGAGGUGCAUUAUAUGGUCUUGUACCUCUUGGCAUGUGUAUUGCCUCAGGUGUCUUCUUAUGGAUGAAGGAAGUGAUUCGAUCGGGACGUGAGCAUGAGUGGGAGAGCGAGAAGGUUCGCGGGAAGACGGCCACUGCAAAUCUCAUCCCCGAAUCGGUAGAGUGGAUGAAUACAUUUCUAGGUGUUAUGUGGGGUCUCAUUGAUCCAGACCUAUUCGCUUCAGUCGCAGAUACUCUUGAGGAUGUCAUGCAAGCUUCGGUUCCAGGAGUUAUCGAGAAUGUCCGUGUGGCUGAAAUCAACCAAGGAAACAACCCAUUCCGGAUAUUGAGCUUGCGUGCUCUGCCAGAUGGACAUGUGCAGGAAUUGAAAGAUGACAUCCACAGACAAAACGAGAAAAACAAAGAUCCUCAGGAACUAGCAGCAGAUGAGGAAGGCGGAGACUAUUACAACCUGGAAUGCUCUUUUGCGUAUCAUGCUAAGCCUUCUAGCGGGAAUACUUCUGAGAAGGCCAAAAACAUGCACAUGCAGCUCGUUUUCUAUUUAGGAAUCAAGGGACUUUUUGGAGUGCCAGUUCCCAUUUUUGUCGAACUUCAGGGCCUCGUGGGAACUGUGCGGUUGAGGAUGCAAAUGUCCCCCGAACCCCCUUUCUUGAAGGCAUUGACUUUUACGCUCAUGGGACUCCCCAAAGUCCAGGCUGGUUGCGUUCCUAUGAUUGAAACAGGAAUAAAUAUCCUCAACCUUCCUCUCAUCUCCAAUUUUGUCAACUAUGCAAUCGGCGCCGCUGCAAAUGAAUACGUUGCACCAAAGUCAAUGACCCUUGAUAUGGGCAAAUUGUUGCAGGGUGACGAUAUUCAGAAGGAUACCGAAGCCAUUGGCAUUCUCUGGAUCAGAAUCCACCGAGCUACAGGUCUCAGCAAGCAAGAUCGUCGUGGCAGCAAAGGAGGUGGCAGUGAUCCAUACAUCACUGUCAGCUUUUCCAAGUACGCCAAACCGAUGUACUGCACUCGUGUCAUCCAGGACGAUUUGAAUCCAGUUUGGGAGGAGACAUGUGCCUUGCUCAUAACACCUGACUUGAUCAAGGUCGAUGAACAACUUUCCAUGGAACUUUGGGAUUCGGAUCGAACGACAUCAGAUGAUAUUGUGGGAAAGGUCGAGCUUUCAAUGCAGAAAAUGAUCCAACACCCUGGCAAGAUGUAUCUACAAAACUCUAAGCUUCGAGGCAUGAGUGAGGAUAGCGACAUGCCCGGGGAACUUCAUUGGGAAGUUGGCUAUUUUGGCAAGCCCCACUUCAGGCCAGCACUCAGGACUCAUGGCAAAGAUGUCAAUCUCCCAGAUCAGCUUAGGGAUCACGAAGAACUACAGGACGAUAGAGGCGCUAUAGACAAUGCCACUGAAGAUGCUGUCGUGCACACUCCACCAGAUCCUCUUUGGCCGAGUGGUAUUUGCAGCGUCGUUGUUCAUCAAAUUGUCAAUCUUGAGCUGCAGAACAUGAAGGGAAGUAAUGGGAAACGCAAAGGCAGAGAAUAUGAACCAGCUGCCGAAGCCGGUGAAAACAAGGAGGAGGAGCACAAGAAACUUCCAAGCGGUUAUUGCACUAUCUUGUAUAACGAUGAGCUGGUCUACCGAACAAGAACGAAAGUCGUCAGCAGCAAGCCCAUUUUCAAUGCCGGUACUGAGCGUUUCAUGCGAGAUUGGCGGUCAGCCAUUAUCACCGUCACAGUCCGUGAUCAACGCAUGAGACAACAUGAUCCAAUUCUCGGAGUUGUUCCUCUGAAGCUUUCCGAUAUCCUCCAAACCAGCUCUCAGGUGACCAGAUGGUAUCCCUUGGAUGGUGGCAUUGGCUUUGGACGUAUCAGAAUAUCUAUCCUCUGGCGAAGUGUCGAGACACGUCUCCCACCUCAGCAACUCGGCUGGGAUGUUGGAACUUUCGAAUUCAUGUCCGACAAGAUUCUGGCUAUUGGUUACAAUUCCACCGCUAAGCUUAAGAUGCGAACUGGAGGUUCUUCGGGUAGUAUAGGCAGAACUCAAUGCCGGAAGACUGAAGAGGGCGAUGGAAUAUACUGGGACAUCGCGAAAGCCGAUGGCAAGAACAAUGUUCGACUUCCAGUCCGCUACCGAUACCGUUCCCCGGUUGUGUUCGAGUUCCAUACAGCAAGCAAACGCCACGCAGACGCCUAUGCUAUUAUCUGGCUCCAUCACCUCGAGGACAACAAGGAAGAGAACAUUAGCAUUCCUAUCUGGAAGACGGACAAGGGGAUGAGAUUGACACAGAACUACAUUACCGAAGAGAACUUCAAGGAUAUUCCGGACAUUGCUAUUGAGGAAAUAGGACGUCUGCAGUUCCGAGGUCGAUUUAAAGCCGGUACAGAUGAGGAUCACUCGAAGUUCGUCACAGACAACGACUCCAGAGAGACCCAAGAGACGUGGGAAGCUUGCCACGACGAAGGCGUCCGUGAUAACAUGGUCACUAAAGAGUUGCCACCCGCUGUGCAGAAACUUCAUGAUCAGUCUUUGACACAGGGAAGAGAUGUUCUUUCGCAAGCAGAUGAAAAAGAGAAGCAGAAAUGGCUUUCGAAAGAUGGCACAGAUUGGAGCGGAGCCUUCGGGCAGGACCCAGCUCAGUAUGCCGAUGAGCGUGGUUCUAAGAGAACCAAUGCUAACACGUCUAGCUCUGGGGAUCGCGAAGCUCCACUGAAUGGGAACAUGCUCGAUGGGGAUGAAGACAAUGACGAUGAUGGAGAAUCUGACGAUUCAGAUUCCUCUAGUGACCUGGGUAUUCAUGACGCCGAGAAUGACGACCAUUUUGAAGACGAACAAGCGAAUAGCAACAGCACCGAAGGACAAAACUCGAAGAGCUCGAUCAAACAGCAUAAAGAGGAUAAGAAGGGGUUACAUAGAAAGCAGAGAGGCCUCAUGCAAUGGAAGCCAAUGAGAAACCUGGCCUUCGCAAAAGAUGAAGCCAAGUUCGCAGUCAAGCGAACAUUGAAGAAGGGUUCUCUGCAAGGAAGACAACCAGAUGUGGAGACGGAAACUUAGAUUUUUGUUAUGAUGAGCAUGAUACCGUACAUAGCGAGGUGUUUGGACCGAGUUCAUUUUGGCUAGGGGUCACUUUCUAGCGGGGAAUGAAAUUCAUGGGGUUUUAUUCAGCACAUGG